UGAAAUACUCCGAAACGUCGAUCGAUCAGAUCCUGAUUCGGAGAUAACAAUGUUUGAGUUGAUGUUGAAAGCCUCAGCUUUAUAUACAACGAUGUGUACUUCAAAACCCGAAGGUACAUGCUGUUGGAAAUUGGCCUUUAGGGCACUAUGUAAUAUUAAAGCGAGGAUGGUCCAAAGGGAGAAGAAUGGAAUUAUAGGAGGACCAAGAUGCGUGGUGGAUGAAGUGUGGAAUUCAUUGAACGUAGAUAAGGGUUGGACCAAUCGUAAUCAGGGUUAG